AUGGCUCGCUCAGCCAUUUACCGCGUCUCGGCCCCUGUCGACUACUAUUUUCAACCACUCCAAAUGUACCGCGCGCCCGGCACCCAAUUUCGCGGAAUCUUCGCGCCUGGGAGCGUGGAACCCCCUGGUGGGGCGCGGCCUCGGGCCGCAAAGCGCGCCGAGUCUCGCCUCCGCAAAUCCGCGCAGGGGGUCGUCGGGCGUGGCGGGGCGGGGCAGAUGGCGGUCGGCGCUGGCGCGGGGGCUGAGCGCGGCUUUGAGGCGGGGGCGGGGCAGAUGGCGGAGGCGCUGGCGCGGGGACUGAGCUCGGCGGGCGUGGUGGACUAUGCUGACAUGGCAGCUGCUGACGUCAACAGUGACAGGCUGGCGGUGUUCCAGGGCAUAGGCAUCGACACCAAGGAGAAUGCCAGGGAGGUGGCGGCCAGCAGUGACGUCAUCUUCAUUGCAGUCAAGCCGUUUGCCGUGCAGCCGGUUCUCGCUGACCUGGCGGCCUCGGGCGCGCUGACGGAGCGCCAUCUCAUCGUGUCGAUCGCUGCGGGCGUGCCACUUGGCAAGAUGCAGCAGUGGGCAGGGGAGGGCGUGCGGAUCGUGCGAGUCAUGCCAAAUACCCCCUGCCUAGUCGGCGCCACUGCUGCUGGUGAGACGUGGUGCUGCCAUGAGUCUGGGGAAGAGCGCAACAGAGCAGGACGGGGCGCUGGUGAAGGCCAUGUUUGUCUAGGCGCCUGCAGAACCACCUCCUUUCUUUCCCCUUGUCCCCCCAUUCCCCCAUUGCCCUUUGUGUUGCUUCCCCACCCAGCCAUGAGUUUGGGGGAGAGCGCAACAGAGGAGGAUGCGGAGCUAGUGAAGGCCAUGUUCGGCGCCGUGGGGGAGGUCUAUGAGGUGGAGGAGCGCCUGCUCGAUGCAGUUACUGGGCUCAGUGGCAGCGGGCCAGCAUACGUGUUUGUGGCGAUAGAGGCUCUGGCGGAUGCUGGUGCAUAUGUGUUUGUGGCCAUAGAGGCGCUGGCCGAUGGGGGUACAGCAGCAGGCCUUCCCCGCAAAGUGGCCCUCUCCCUCGCUGCUCAGACGGUGAGCGAUGCUGUGGAAUGGGGUGAGCAUCGUCACUCUGUGCCUGGCACCACCAUUGCUGGUUUGCACGAGCUAGAGAGGGGCGGGUUCCGAUCGCUGCUCAUGAAUGCCGUGGUGGCAGCAGCCAAUCGCAGCAAAGAGCUGUCCAACUGA